AUGGCACCAUCGAGACGUCAUGCAAGGACUUCAGAAGCAGCCACCAACGAUCAGCUAGUUCAAAGCCUGCAUCAGUUGACGCAGAUCACCCAAACACUGAGCCACACCCUCCUCAACAACAGACACCCUCCUCAGAAUGGGAAUCGGGACGUAGUACGCCAAGUAUCAAGUCUCCGUCCCCCGAUCUUCGCCGGUGAAGAAGAUCCUACAGUGCUAGAAGAGUGGAUCCGGAUGUUUGACAAGAUCUUCCAAGUAGUGGUCUGCCCGGAGGAUCGCCAAGUGGAGCCAGCUUGUAGACAAGAUCCGGGGUUUAGUUGGGAAAACUUGGAGGAUAAGCUACGUGAGCGGUUCUAUCCUGCUCAUGUCAAGGCGGAAAAGUACGAGGAGUUUCUCCACCUUAAGCAAGUACCCUUGUCGGUAAUGGAGUACCGCAAGAAGUUUUUGGAGUUAGCCCGUUUCGCCUCAGUUUUGGUACCUACCGAGGAGAGCAAAGUUGAGAAGUUUGUGGCUGGACUCAACUUUGAGGCUAGGAAAGCCUUGACUGUGUCAAAGCCCAAGACUCUCAAUGAGGCCUACCUUUGUGCAGUCGACCUCUACCGGGUGCAGCAAGUUCAGAAAGGAAUUCAGGAGAGCCGUAAGAGGAGUUUUGAAACAACUGUUGCACCUGUGGUUAUCAGUUUGUCAGUUACCGGUGCCGAACCAUCUAGAAGCCUUCAAAGGAACGACUUUAAGAGUGGUAAGACUCCCCCGCCAAUCCGGAACAACAAGGUUAAGGGAAAGCGCUCCGUUUGCAAGAAGUGUGGAAGUGGCCACCCUGACAUGGACUGUCAUGGAAAACUGGUAGAGUGCUUUGCUUGUGGUAAGAAAGGUCAUCGGUCCUUUAAGUGCGUGCCUAAGAGGAAGACUUCAGCAAGCCCGAAACCAGCUGGUAGUGUGAGACCUUAG